CGGCGGCGGCAACCGGCGUACACAGGGGUUACGCGUCCUGUGGAGAGCGCGAGAGGUCAGGCCAUGAACCUGGGAGAUGGUUUAAAGCUUGAAACUGAAUUGUUGGAUGGAAAAACCAAGUUAAUAUUGUCUCCAUAUGAAUGUAAAUCAAAAAAUUCUGUGAAGAUGGGAAAUAAGACCAAGAUUGCAAAAUGUCCUUUAAGAACAAAACAAACUGGAUACAUUCUAAAAUCAACACAAAAUACUUGUAUCAGGAGUGGAAAACUUUUGCAAAAGAAGAGAAUGGGUUCAGAAACUUCACUGGCAAAAGGUGAAAAAAAUAGUAUGACUUUUUCACCCACUAAGGAUUUAUGCAAGCAGUAUGUAGAUAAAGACUGUCUUUAUGUCCAGAAAGAGAUUUCACCUGCAACCCCCAAUAUACAGAAGACUAGAAACACCAUAAGUACAUCUGUAGUAGCUAAACAGAAGCUUUGCAAAAAACCCAUCACAGCUGAAAAUAUGAAGAGCAGUUUGGUGUGUCUAACACAAGACCAACUACAACAGAUUUUGAUGACUGUGAACCAAGGAAAUAAAUCCAUUUCCCUGAUUGAAAAUGGAAAGGAGGAAACAAGUCAGGGCAGUCUACGUUUAAACAGUAUUUCCAAUCAGCCAGAGGAUGAGAACGUUAUGGGAGUAUUCCAAAAAACUGAGGCUCUUUCAUCUGUCCUGGAUGAAAAUAAAUCCGUUUUAAAUAAAAAUCAAGAGACAUCUAAGCAGUAUGAGCAGAAAAUUGCCAUAGAGAAUGUAUGGAAACCAGCUGACAUAUUCAGUACUCUGGGGGAAAGAGAACGUGACAGAAGUUUGUUGGAAGCAAAAAAAGCCCAGUGGAAGAAAGAGCUUGAUGAACAGGUUGCUUUAAAGAAGAAAGAAAAAGAAGCUUCUGAAAAACGGAACGAUCUGUGGAAAAAAUUUGAAAGUGAUAAAAUAGUAUGGGAAAAAUUUCAAAUUCUUGACCAAUCUAAGACUUGUGCUAGCUCUUCCAGCAUUCUCUCACAGUCUCCCAUUCAGAUAACAAUGGUCCAGGCUGAUGGGCACCCACUACCUAGAGCUAGUCAGAUUUUAGAGGAAGCAGUAGCACCGGAGCACCCUUUCAGUGCCAUGAAACAAGAACAGCAGAGGACAUGGAUUGAAGAUGUGAACAGGCAAAUAGAAGAUGAUCGGCAAAGAAAAAUUACAUCUUCAAAGGGUGAGGAACAUGACAGAUGGGCAAUGCAUUUUGAUUCAUUAAAGAACUAUCCUGCUUCUCAGUCUCAACUGUCCUCUCGGUCAACACACAACCAACCAGAGUACUUAUGUGUCUCUCCGGACACUCAGGAACUGGCUGAUAUCUGCAGUGUUUAUACACCUACGACUGGAAGUCAGGUUGAACCUUCAGAGGAGGAGCAUAUAGCAAAACCUGUUAGAGAUAAGGCCAUGGCAAACAGUCAGAAAACAAACUUUCUCCGUUCUAUGACUGCUCUCUUGGAUCCAGCUCAGAUUGAAGAACGUGACAGGCGACGACAAAAACAGUUAGAACAUCAGAAAGCCAUCACUGCUCAGGUAGAAGAGAAACGCAGGACGAAGCAGCUGGAAGAACAGCAAAGAAAGAAGGAAGAACAAGAAGAGGAGCGUCGCUUAGCACGGGAACGAGAAGAGAUGCAGAAACAGUAUGAAGAAGACAUACUUAAGCAAAAACAAAAGGAAGAAAUCAUGACUCUCAAGACAAAUGAGCUAUUCCAGACAAUGCAGAGAGCACAGGAGCUAGCACAGAGGCUGAAACAAGAACAGAGGAUCCGAGAAUUGGCUCAAAAGGGACAUGACACUUCUGGAUUGAUUAAAAAUCUUGGCGGACAUGGCUUGGAUGAUGUCAGUGGUAAAAAGAAUACAUGUAUCAGUUCUACAACCUCUCCCAAAAAGGAUACUGCUGUACAAACAGAUGACUUAAAUACAGGAACACUCACCAAUGCAGAAUCAUGCUGUGGAACAGUAAUAGAGAGGGAAAUUCUAAAUUGUUCAUCUCCUGAGAUUCCUGCAGAAUUUAAUGAACAGUUUAACACUAAGAAAGACAAAGAGGAACUUAUAAUAAAUCAGGUUAAAGGAGUCAACUUAGAAAAAGAAAACAGUUGGCAUAAUGAUCAGUGUAAUGAGUUUGCAAGGACAGAGAAAACACCUAUGAAGAAAUGUCCUAAAAGGCCUGAUUGGAAUAUAAAUAAGCCACUCAAAAGGUAUAUUCCAGCAUCAGAAAAGUACCCUAAACAGCUUCAAAAGCAGAGAGAAGAAAAAAAAGUAAGAAGGCAGAUGGAACUGCUUAAUUUGGUAGAAAGAAAUAAUCCUGGACAUCUCUCUCAAAAUAGAGGCACUUCACCAGUUCUUCCUUCAUCUCAAGAAACUGAGCCAAGGUUCAGGUGGCAUCUAAUCAAAAAGGAAGAAGAGCCUCUGAAAAUUAAUUCUUUCGGCAAGGAAAGGUCUCAGUCACCACCACCAGUUCCAGUGGUGAAAAACAGAACACAACAAACUCAGACACUAAAAAACAGUAAUUAUGAAAGAGAGAAUCUGAUCUUAGAAGAUAGUCAAACAGAAACAUCACCUGGUCUUUCUGAACCAUCUCAUUUUAUCCCCUAUGUCCGAACCAAUGAGAUUUAUUACCUUGAUCCAGAUGCACCUCUGUCUAGGCCUUUAACCCAGGAUCUUCAGUACCAAACUUCACAUGACUGUGACCAAGAACACCUGAAGCUAUUUGAUUCUGAUGUCAGGGACCCACUUCUUAAUCCUAACUUGGUGAAAAACAGGGAUAGACAGCAAGCAAUCCUUAAGGGACUAUCGGAACUGAGACAGAUGCUUCAACUGUUACAGGCCAUCAUGAUUUAAAUAAGAGGAAAAAAAACAUUGAGGAAGGACAAGAAACGUUUUGUUUAGAGAAUGAAAUAUAAAUUGUUAAUUCACUUAUAACAGAAAAAGUUCGUAACAACCUAUUUCAAAAAAAAAAAAAGUUACUAUAAUUAUUUCUCUUUUGAAAAGGGCCUGGAAGAAUCACUUUUCCCCCAACUUAAUGGAGAUGGAGAUUUAGCUCUAUCCAAGCUUUGAGUGUAAGCAGAUAAAAAGUAAUUUUCACUUUCUUGAGACUGACUUGAUGAAAGGGCAUAUGGUGUCCCCAGAAAUGUCUGAUGAGUGAGAACAUUAAAAUGACUAAACUGAUGGGACAUAUUUAAUUGACUGUGAUAAACCUGAAAGUUGCUAUAUGAAUCUUGUUCAGUUGCACUGCUGUUCUCUCCUUCAGAGCAUACUAUAGCAACAGAAGCGCUCUCUUCAGAAUCAAUUUGAUAAGUCUUAUCUUCUAAUAAACUUUUUUGCACGUCAAGAGACGAUUGCAACUCAA